UUAGGAGCAACUAAGAAAAAAAAAAUUAUUUGUAUAUUUGAACAAGAUUAUAAACUUGAUGGUACUACAUGAUAAUUUGAUUUAUUAAACCAUUUAAAAGAAACACAUAUUAAUAUAUAUAAUAUUGAAUAUAAUCUUAAUAAUAAUUGUAAACAGAGAAAUAUGAUGCCUACAUUAAUUAGUUAUAGUUUUAGUGAUCAUGAGUACCUUAUUGUAUUGAAUGCAUGAUUAAACGAAAAAAUAAAAGGUUAUAUAUAUGCAGGAUCUAAAUGUGAAUAUAAAAUAAAAUUAUAUGAGCUACACAUUCAGAAAUUGACGAAUAUAGAUAGUGAGGAAUAGUGUACAAGAAGUGAAUCUACUUAUAACUGUUAUAUUUCACAUGAAUUAAAAACUGCUUUUUCUGUUGGUUUUACUAUACGGGGAAUUUUUGUUUUUUUGUAUAAGUUUAUAUAAGAAUUAUCGUUAAUAAAUAUGAAACUUAAGAAUAAAAUUUCACUUUAUUUUCAUUAAAAUAUUAUUGUUGUUAUAUAUAUAUAAACAUAUUUCAUUUCUUUUCGUUUUAUAUUAUAGUUCAGUCCCAUGGGACACUGAAUUCAUAGUCACCUAAGAAUAAUAAAGGACAUAAUUCCCGAAGAAUCACGUGAAUUAUUAAAAAUAUUUGCUGAAAAUGGGAUUUCACAUUCAGAAGACGAAGGAAUUAGGAUAGGUUAUCAUUCUUCA